ACCGCCGAGACGCCCCCAGCCCAGACGCCCUCGGCCGCUCCGCCCAAAGCAGCAGGCCCCACGGCCAAAGCGGAGCCCCGCCGCGCCUCAUCCUCCGCCUCGGCCUCAGCGACAGCCAGCAAUGGCAAGGCGAGCGAAAGCAGCCUGCCGGCCGAGAUCUGCGUGGUGAUCGGCGGCUCGCGCAACUCCCAGGCGCAAGGCUCCUAUGUGUGCAGAAUAUGUGGGAAGAAAUACAAGUAUUACAACUGCUUUCAGACCCACGUCCGGGCUCACAGAGAGACGGAGAACACUGUGCCUGGUGAAGGGGGAUCCCAAGGACCAAACAAUUCCUUCCGUUACACCUGUGACGUCUGUGGGAAAAAAUACAAGUACUACAGCUGUUUCCAGGAGCACCGAGACCUCCACGCUGUGGACGAUCCCUAUGAUCAUGUGAUUCCUGUGGAGGAACCAAAAGAAGAGAUUGAGCCCUUUCAGAAAAUAGGACCAAAAACUGGGAGCUACACAUGCGAGUUCUGUGGAAAACAAUACAAAUAUUUCAAUCCAUAUCAAGAGCACGUUGCCUUGCACACUCCAAUGAAAACCUCUUACGGUUUGAAAAUGGAGAGCAAAACCUCAUCGGGGCAGUCAAGCCGCGGGGAUGCCAACAAUUCCCAGAGCUCGAGCGAAACUACAAGUCCCAUGAUUCCAAGCUCCUUUCCUACAUCACAGAAAGCCUACGCCUGCGGAUCCUGCGGAAUUCAGUUCCAGUUCUACAACAACCUCAUGGAGCACAUGCAGUCCCACGCGGCGGAUAAUGAAAAUCACAAUAAAGAGGACCCUCCUAAGGUCUCCCAGACGCCUGCACCCUCGCAGGAGCAGGCGUGGAAAUCCCCGCAGCCUGGGCAGAGGAACCACAUUCCAUCCUACCAGGGCCGAUUACUUCCAGAGAAGGAGCGCCAACAGGUGGCCGAGCGCCUGCUUCGCAUGAUGUGCACAGAUUUGGGUAUUUUCAGCGCCUUCAACAGCAAGGACUUCCUCAAACUGGCCCAGACGCUAGUGGACACAGGCUCCCGGCACGGUGCCUACUCCAUCCGCGACGCCCUCGGAGACAUGAGCUCUCUGGCCCUGAAGCAGCUCCCCCGCAUGUACAACCAGGUCAAAGUUAAAGUCACAUGCGCACUGGGGUCAAACUCCUCCCUAGGGAUUGCCGUGACCUGCCACUCACAGACCAUAGGGCCCGACUCCUGUUACGUGCUGACAGCGUUUCAGGUGGAGGGAGCGCGGCUUCGGCGCUAUGUGCUGGGCCUUAAGGAGACCUCUCUGAGAGAUGGGCCAGAGCAUGUGCACCACUGGGUCCAGAACGUCCUUUCGGAGUUCGUAAUGUCUGAAAUUCGCACGGUGUACGUCACGGAGCCGCGGCUUUCGCUGUUGUCUUUCUGCAGCCGGUCAGGCCUGAGCUUGCGAUGCGCAGGGUGCUCGCUGGCGGCCACCGUUCAGGCCGUCCUCGGUCGGCGCAGCCUGCAGGCCCGCGGCCUCCACGAACUGGGGGAGCUCCUGGCCACGUGCCGCGACAUUGCCGGAACGACAAGCUUCAACCGCGAGAGCAAAGCCACCGACGAGGCUCCGGCGCCGCCCUGCUGGGAUGCCACGGCCGAGGCGCUGCUCAAGGUGCACGAGAACUUCGAGGCCAUAUGUGAGGCCUACGGUCGCUGCAAGAGCACGGCGCCGCUCCUGCAGGGCCUCAACAAGCACCUCCUCGGCACGCUAGCGUGCCUGCUAGCUCCGCUGCGGCAGGCAGCCCAGGAGCUGGGCGCCGACCGCUGGCCCACACUGCAGCAGGUGCUGCCUGUCUACCUGCGCCUGGAGAAGCUCUUCACCUCCAAGGCCGGAGAGGCGGGUUCCGGCAGCAAGCUCUGCCACUACUUCCUGGAGGCGCUGAAGGAGAACUUCAAAGUGGAGAGAGUCCAUCAGGUGGCCAUGAUCCUGGACCCGCAGCUCAAGCUACGGCCGGUCCCCGGGUACCAGCACGAGGAGAUCAUCUCCAGGGCAUGCGAAAUGGCCGCCAGCAUGAGGGAACCAGGAAGCGGCGGCUCGUCCGGGAUCUCCGGAGACGAAAGGGACAUCGACGGGCCUCCCGGACCCAAGCGAGGUCGCAUGGACUGCGGGGCGGAGAGGCCGGCGUGCACCGCCGAGGAGCCACAGGUACGGAAGGAGCUGUUCCAGUACCUGGGUGAGCCGCUUUUCCAUGCCACAGGCGACCUGUUCCAGUACUGGAGCUCCGUCAUGGACAGAUACCCCAAGCUCUCUCGGCUGGCGCUGUGGCUACUGGCGGUGCCCUCUGUGGGCGUCCGCGGGGAGUGCAUCGGCAUCUGUGAGCAGACGCUGGCCAUGAAGAAGAAGCGACAGGUCUCGGCCGAAGAGAUGAACAAGCUGGUCUUCCUCAAGUGCAAUUUUGCCUGAGGCGUUGCAGAGCCACCAGCCAAUGGCACCACGGACUGUUAGUGAAAGAGAGUAGUGGAUCUAGACACUGGUCUUGAAUCACGUCAUAGCUUUUUGUCAUGGUAUACCUAGAAUGCAAAUUCUGAACCACAUGUGUCUAGAUCAGUAUCAUUAAAUGAGGCACAGUUAGUGGAGAUGCUUUUGAUGGACAUUGGCAAUACUUUAUCGGGUGGAGAUACAGCCUACACACACCUCAAACCUCAACUUGCCACUGGCAACUCGCAACAGAGAAAAACAUACAAAAAAAGCGCGCUCGAAGCUACGCCUGAAAUCAUGGAUAUGAGAAUUUUUCAAUGCUUGAAUCAUCUACUUUAAACCAAAAGAUGGGCUAUUACACUGUAUGUUUUAGUCUUCAGUUUCUAGGAUUUCUCAUGUCCAGCCCCACCUGUACUUUCAUCCUUUAUAUGUUGUACCUAGUUUAGACUUUUUUGUGUGUGCCAGCGGAGCAUUGAACAUAUACGUUGCCUUAGUUACUGUACACAUGAUCUUUUCUGUAAGCUAAGGAGGAUUUUUAGACGCCAUCUUUUCUCCCCUUUUCUUUAAUUUAGCGUUCCUAACUCACGGCACCUGGGUUUGUUUGACUGAAUAGUCUGAUGUUUUUAUCAUGUUUUAAUAACUCUGCAAAUGUGUAUUUUUAAUGGCUCAAACCAACUACGUUGCUUCAGUUCUGCUGAUUUGCAUAUUCAUGAGAUUAUGCUGAUGACCUUGAAUAUGCAUGAGGAAUCAAAUGCAUUAAAAGUUAAUUCUACAUGUAUUAACCCCGCAACUGAAAUGCUACAUUUUCCACUGUAGAGUCCGCCCUUAACCGAUAGGGACAUAGCCUGUUACACCACCGUUGACAUGGGUGCUGUUCUCAAGGCUUGGUGAUUCUUGUGGAGAACUCUCAGUGCUCUUUAUGUUUGGACACAGCAUACAAUACAGGAGCAUUUUCUGAAAGUCUUGAGUGCUCGCUGCAUUAUGGUAAAGGGCGUUGGACGCUGUCGUUGCACCGCCGUUAGGCGGAGGCUGCCGCACUACCCUGCUUUUCCAGGGAAUUUGAGGCCAGCCAGGCUCUGUUCUAGGUGUUUGGUGAUUGGUUCCCCCGUUUCAGUCUCAAGUCAAGAACUUGUACAAAACACUUGGUGUUCUGCCAGGACUCCCAUGACAAAUGAUUCCAUAGAAAUAACACUGCUUCACUUUUGCCUUCACAUUUGUGUGCACAUUUUUCCUCUGUGAUGUUUUCUCUUCGUAGCAUGAGGAAUUGAUUCGUUCGCCACUUUUUAUUCAGCAGGUGCCUGGCCAGAGCUUUUAGUCAUCUUUAAAGAACAUUUGUUUUAAUGUUAUGGAAGCUUCAGUCAUGUUUGCAAAAGAUUGGCAGUUGUAAGAAUGGUCUCUCUGUUCUUCGUGAACUGCACUAUAAUAUAUCCACUCUUAAUAAGACACCGUUACAGAUAACAAUAUUCUUAUACUGUUCUUAAAGCCAUUGUGGAGAAAAAAAAUUCCAUUCUGACAUUCCUGAUGUCAAAAGUCAAGCUCAGACAGGUCUACAAAUUGGUGGGAGAAAAAACUUGGUUUAAUGAUCUGUUUUAAUUCAGGAUAUACUAGUCCUGUUUGGCAGCUAUGUUGUUAUUGUUUUGAUGUAUUCUGCAGUUGUUUUGUGGGAAGCUGUUGUUCUGUCAUUGAUGCACUGGAUUUCUUUAUUAUGUGUUGCUUUUGUUUUCUGUAUCUUUUUUUGCUGUUUUUUUUUUUUGUUUUUUUUUGUUUGUUUUUUUAAGAACAGGCCCUGUUUUUUUGGGGGGGGGGGGGUUUACAUGCAUCUUCAUUCUAAAACACUAAAAACCUUGAAUUUGUUUUACAUCACUCAUGUCCAAAUGGAUCGUGGUGUUUAUAGUGUUUAUUGUGCCAGUUAAGGAACAAGUGAAAGUGAUCCACAUGACUCCUGAGUUGGCCUUUAAGAUGGAAAAAAAAGAAAAGUUCAACAAGUUUGUCACAGAGAGACUUUAAUAUUUUUGUGUGUCUUGUAAUGCGUUGUACACUCCUGUCUCAAAGAGUAGAACUUAUAAAGAUGUGCAUGCAGACUAAAUAAGCCUGUUUUUGAUCUAUACUGCUUAGACAUAACUUUUCCAAGACCUCUAGACCUAGAGUCAAACUAGAUGACGUCCAUUCCUCUGUGUGCGCGCGUGCAUGUGCGCGUCAUAGCCACAAGAGGGUGCAAGUGUCUCAAAAUACCGAGCUCGUGCUUUGGAGGGAGUUGCAGAUCGUCAUACCUCUUUUUCUACACACAGCUUUCACAGUGUUCAACAACGAACUGUACACUCUCUGAAGAUGUUUGUUUUCUGGUUUUACAUACUUAAGAGAAUACAUGUUUGUUUCGGUUACUGCGCUCUUGUUUUAGGGGUAACGGGGAGAUGUUUGUUAAAGUAAUACAAAGUGUUCUUGUACAGCAUAGAUUGAGUUUCCAGCGAUAUACUCACACUUGCAAUAUUUAAAAAAUACUCACCCUUAUUUAUGGACCCAUCAUUUUAGUUUAUGCUUUUUGUUGACUGCAAAGAGCAGAUGGUUGCUUUCCUUUGUCUGUGAUUUUGUGUAUUGAGUUGUUUUGAGCAGUAGAUCUAAUUUAUACUUUUUUUA